AUGAACACACCCAAGUUAUACUCUUCAGGAAAUACAGACUCUGGCAAAGAAUUCCACUCCUUAGCAGUACGCGCAAGGAAGCUUGACGCGCUUCGUGCGUGUGGGUGGGACAUCUACCAUGAAUCGGUGACGCUUCGCCGAUUGUCUUAUGUAGUAGCUUAUAUGCAAUCUGAUGAUUUAUAUUAUCCUGAAAAUAAAAUGGUAAUCAGUAAUUUAAAACGAAGGGAAGUUGUACCACUGAAUCCAUACUCAAAGAUUAAUAGUAGAAGAAUAUUUGGGAACGAUGCACAAGGGAGCCUAAAUUAUAGAAGGACCAAAGAUAUUCGUGAAGAUUUCAUUGAUCGAAGGUUUGAGCUAUCUGAAUCUCAGCUAAGAGAAGUCCAACUGGACAAUAAAGAGAAUAAUUUGAACAAACUGCACAACGAAUUGAGCUGGCUCUCCCUUGACACUGUUGAAGGCAUAGGUACAGUCACUUUAACAAUAAAUCCACACAAACUUACAAAAACACUUUCUUUAAAAAAUAAAGAUGGGACAUCGCCACCACAUUCCGACCACGGAUCCCCAACACGUUGUCGCGAGGUUCGUAAACAAGCCAGUCCAUUAGUGGCCAGUACUAUGAUAGCAGUAAACAGGGGUAUUCAGAAACACGGGACUGGUCCCAACAUUAAACCUAAAAUGGUACAAACGAGCUUUAGGCGAAAUAUGUCAUUUUGGAUCCCUGUUAAAAAAAAUAAGGUUGAUAUUGCGAAGCACAAGUCUCCAAGGAGUAUUACGCCGUUCUUUGACGCUCUGAGGUGUACGCUUAUUGUAGGUCAAGUGUUCUCCUUGCUUCCAUUUGUUGGAGUGUUUACUAAUAUUGCUAGUAAUGUCAAGUUUAUCAAGACAUCGUGGAAAUGUGUGUACUCCGUACUAUCUCUUAUCGGACAGAUGUUCAUGGCAGUACUCUGUAUCAAUAAGUUGGCCAGAUCUAAUGUCACAUUGAAUGGGACUUCUCCUGUAAUAUUCUACGUGACGACUUGCGUGACGAUGAUGAUGUUCUUCCAAGUGGCUCGGCGCUGGCCACAGCUGGUGCAGCAUAUCGCUAAGGCUGAGGAUAUGGAUCCCAAUUUCGACUGCAGCCUGGCUAGGAAGUGCAAUAUUACCUGCGCUGUGGUGCUUAUAUUGGCUUUGUUGGAACACAUCUUAUCUUUGCUAUCAGCAUUCGCUGGAGCCGCUGCCUGCUACGGCGGCAUGGACACCUACCAAGGAUUCGUCACACAUUUCUACCCAUGGGUGUUCAACUAUCUACCCUAUUCCCCAGUCUUAGGAGUUAUUACGCAGUUUCUCCAUUUUCAAUCAACAUUUAUUUGGAACUUCUCCGAUUUAUUUGUCAUCUGCAUGAGUUAUUACUUGACUUCAAGACUGGAACAGGUCAAUAAGAAGCUGCUGGCUGCUCAAGGAAAGAAAAGCACUUUUGAACGUCAACAAAGAAUUAAAAGUGAAGCUCAUUCCCAUGUGUACAAAAGUUCGAGCCUGCGACCGGCGAGCACGGGUGACUCGGCGCGCGGGCUCCUGACCAGAACCAGGCCCAAGCGUACGGCGCGUCGCGUUCCGCGCUUGCCUCAAGGAACCAUCAGACCACCACAGAUGGGGCCCAACAGGACUGAUGUGGAUACGGAGUCGUUCUUUCGCCUGGGUGAGGCGGGAGGGAAUUAUUUACCCGAAAUAUUCUGGCGAGCGACUCGUGAGGACUACUGCAGAGCGACACAGAUAGUCCGCAAGGUGGAUGACGUCAUCAGCGGCGUGGUCUUCAUAUCCUUCGCUAACAACCUCUUCUUCAUCUGCCUGCAGCUGUUCAAUACUUUAGAGGACGGAUUGAAAGGGACAGGAGAAUGCAGUAAUAAGGGGAAAAAAAUCAUCGUCUCCAAAAACGGUCCUCUAGGUGGUCAUGAAGCAGCGACAUACUUCCUCUUCUCCCUCGUGUACCUCUUGUCACGGUCAGUGGCAGUGUCCCUGAUAGCGUCACAAGUAAACAGCGCGUCUUCCGUACCGGCUCCAGUGCUGUAUGAUGUGCCUUCUCCUGUAUAUUGUGUUGAGGUACAAAGGUUCUUGGAUCAGGUCAACGGUGAUAAAGUAGCACUGAGUGGUCUACAGUUCUUCUCCGUUACCAAAGGAUUACUUUUAACUGUGGCCGGGACAAUAGUGACGUAUGAACUAGUAAUGUUUCAGUUCAACUCUUCGACUCCUACGCUGAACAUCACUGCUCCUACUGUUCUAACACCUUCUUCUCCUUCUCUUACUACACUCUCUUCUUGA